AUGGCCUGUGAAUUAGUGAAAGAACGCAAUAAGAAAGUGCUCUCUGAGUUGGACUUUGAGAAUACACAAGAUUUCACCGACUCCACUCGUGGCUUUAUAUGUACAUUAGAGUCUGGAAAGAUCACAAAAGAGAGUGGAGAAGUUGUUUUUGACUGCCACAAAACAGACUUUUUGGAUAAAGAAAAAUGUCCAGAUACUAUCAACCCAUCCCUUUGGAGACAGUGCCAACUCACACGUAUUCAUGGCCUGUUUGAAAUCAUUCCAUAUAAGGUUUAUCAAUUCCGAGGCUUCGAUUUGGCCAACAUGUCUUUCAUAAAAGGGCACAAAGGGUGGAUAGUCAUUGACACUAUGUGUUGCAUUGAGACCGCCGCUGCUGGGAUCAAAUUGUUAAGAGAUAGAGUUGAAAAUCUUCCAGUAAGUGCGGUGAUCUUAACACACUCCCACUUUGACCACAUUGGUGGGUUGGAGUCAGUGAUGGAUAAAGACACGGUAGUAUAUACCCCAAAGGAUCUUUUUAAACUGAGUGUGUCUGAAAACUUGUUAGCCGGAAUUGCGAUGGAAAGAAGAAGUAUAUUUAUGUUUGGGCACAACCUUGAACGUGGCGAAAAGGGGUGGAUUGGUUGUGGCUUAGGUACUGCAAUAUCUACUGGUACAAUGAGUGAAUUCUGUCCAUCGCAAUUAAUUGAAAUUGGAGAGGACAAAACACUUCUAGUCGACGGUGUACAAAUCGAUUUCAUAUAUACCCCAAACGCAGAAGCUCCAACAGAAAUGAUGAUGGUGUUUCCACAACUCAAUGCAGUGUGUGCUGCGGAAGAGGUAAAUCGAGUGCAACACAACUUAUAUACCCCAAGAGGUGCACAAGCUAGAAAUGGCAAAGACUGGGCAAAGUACAUUGAUAACAUCUUGCUUAAGUAUUCUGACAUCUUAGAAUAUUCUUUUGGAUCACACCAUUGGCCCACUUUUGGCCGUGAAAAUAUCUUAAAGUAUUAUGAAAAACAAAGAGACUUGUACAAAUAUAUUCACGACCAAACAUUAAGGCAAUUGAAUUUGGGAACUACUCUCACAGAGCUGCCAGAAAAGGUCACACUCCCUAAAGCACUUUCUUGUGAAUUUUACAAUCGAAAUUACUACGGAACAGUCUCUCAUAACUGUAGAGCAGAGUGCCAGUAUUAUCUUGGAUUUUAUGAUGCAAAUCCGGCUAAUUUGAAUCCUUUGACUCCAACCAAAUUGGGUGAAAAGUACGUUGAAGCUAUUGGUGGCGAAGAGAAGUGCAUUUCUAUAGCAAAAGAGUCGUUUGAAAGUGGAGAUUUUCAAUGGGCAAUUACUUUAUUAAAUCACGUCGUCUUUAAAAAUCCACAAAACACAAGUGCAAGAAAAUUGUUGGCCGAAGUAUACAAACAAACGGCUUAUAUGCAAGAGAGUGCGGUAUGGAGAAACAUUUAUUUGAAUGGUGCGUUUGAAUUAGAACACACCAAAGAAGAAAUUCAAUACAAAAAAGAUAGUUAUGCAAGUGAACAUCUACUUGUCAAAUUGCCUUUCUGCCACCUUUUUGACUUCUUUGCUGUAUCUCUUGAUCCAAAUCAAGUUGAUGGAAUAGCAUCUGUAUUUAACUUUUACUUUUCCAACUCAGAAGAAGGUAGUGUCAUUUUAAAGAAUAGCGUUUUGAACAACAGAGCUACAUUAAACAUAACCCCGACAACUUCAAUAUAUUGUACAAAGUCGGACCUCAUCCUUUUAGUUUUGAGAAAAAUGACAAAUAUGGAGUUUGAAGCUAAAAUACAACACAAUGGAUCUUUGAAUGAUUUCUUUGUGUUCAUCAAUGCAAUUAAUAUCCCAAAGUCGACAUUCCCUAUAGUUGAGCCUUAA